AUGCCUCUCCUCCGGCGACUGCCUCCCGUUCCGACCACCACCGCAACCCUCUCCCACCACCAUGUCACUCCCCACAAACCCCUCAGAACCCCUCCUUCCUCGCUUCGCCUUGCCCACCUCCGCAUCUGCCCCGCCCCCUCGAUCCGUCCCCUCCGCGCCAUUCCGUCGACCCGGUGCCAUGCGGCAGGAGAUCCGGCGCCUUCCACGGCACCUAGCGGCGGCAGCGCAAGGGUCGCGCUGGUGCGAAUUGGAGAGGCGCUCUCGCUCGGGUUCCCGGUGUGGGUCGCGUCAGCCUGCGCGCUCGCGCUGUGGCGGCCGGCGACCUUCCUCUGGGUCAGCCCCACAACCCAGAUGAUCGGCUUGUCCUUCACCAUGCUUGGAAUGGGGAUGACAUUGACGCUAGAUGAUCUGAGAGGCGCACUAUUGAUGCCCAAGGAGUUAGCUGCCGGAUUUGUACUUCAGUACACGGUGAUGCCACUGUCAGGAUACUUUAUCAGCAAGCUAUUGAACCUGCCAUCCCAUUAUGCGGCUGGACUGAUUUUGGUUUCCUGCUGCCCUGGAGGCACAGCAAGCAACAUUGUUACCUAUUUAGCAAGGGCAAAUGUAGCCCUUUCGGUGCUGAUGACAGCAACAAGCACUUUUGCUGCAGCGUUCAUGACUCCUCUUUUGGCAUCCAAACUGGCUGGGCAAUAUGUCGCGGUAGAUCCGAUGGGACUGUUUGUGUCGACAUCUCAGGUUGUCCUAGCGCCUGUUCUUUUGGGUGCUCUACUUAAUCAGUACUUCAAUCCUUUGGUUGAGUUGGUUUCUCCCUUGAUGCCAUUCAUUGCUGUAGCAACAGUGGCUGUUCUUUGUGGCAAUGCGAUCGCACAGAAUGCUUCAUCCAUCCUAGCAUCUGGUCUACAAGUGGUACUAUCUGUUUGUUGCUUGCAUGCAUCUGGCUUCUUCUUUGGCUUUGUUCUUUCAAGAAUGCUUGGCAUUGAUAUCGCUUCGUCACGAACAAUAUCGAUCGAGGUUGGCAUGCAGAAUUCGGUACUGGGUGUAGUUCUUGCGGGCAAGCAUUUUGGCAAUCCUCUGACAGCAGUUCCAUGCGCUGUUUCAAGUGUCUGCCACUCGGUUUAUGGUAGCAUUGUAGCUGGGAUCUGGAGGUCCAUGCCCCCAAAUGACAAGGGAGAAUAAUGGGUUAGGACAUUGACUAUGUUUUUGGGUGCAUCAGUGGCUAUGAAACGCUCGAUCUUGGAUCAGACAGAUACUACAGCUUCUGUUGGAAACUUAUGUUAUUCUGAAUUCCUAGCUCAAACUUUUUUCUGAGGGAAAAUUUCUAGCUCGAACUAGUUGUGCGUAGGCAUUGCACACAUAAUUUGAGCACAUUAGCUUCUAUUCUAGGUAGACAAUGUACCGGAAUCCGUUUUAAAAUUCUUUAUCGGCUCA